AAAAAAGCCCAAUCUGUUACCACAACACCCAGCAGUAAUGACUCAGAGGGAGCCUUCUGCCACAGCUUCCACUCGAAGACGUUAUUUUUUCGUAAGGAGGAUCGGCACCAACCAUGGAAUAUCGGAUGGUGAUAAUGUACGUGGAGCUGGGCUGCUUUGUGUCCUGCCUGUGUGGCUGGAUCCUGGUGUGCUCUACUCUCCCCACAGAGUACUGGACCUUCUCUGAGGUGGGCAGCAUCGUCCUGACCACGGCCAACUACUACUCCAACCUGUGGAGAGACUGCAUCUCCGACACCACAGGGGUGUCUGACUGCAAAGACUACCCAUCCAUGCUGGACCUGCCUGUUUGGCUGCAUGCUCUCAGAGCACUUGCAAUCUGCUCAGUCAUUACAGGCUUCUUCGGAGGCGUCCUGACGCUCAUUGGAAUGAAAUGCACCAAAAUUGGGGGAACAGAGAUCAUCAACUCGAGGGUGACGUUUUCUGGAGGCGUAACAUUCUUAGCUUCAGGAUUUUGUGGGAUGAUUACAUAUUCGUGGUGGGCUAAUAGAGUCAUAUCGCAAUUUGUGGAUCCAAACUACAAGGCCCAGAAGUUUGAACUGGGUGCUGCUGUGUUCGUUGGCUGGGGAGGCUCCAUUCUUCUCAUCUGUGGGGCAGGUGUGCUCACUUUCUUCUCUGGGAAAGAGGGUCUCAUAUCAAGUUCAUCUAAAAGGCCUCAAAGGCCGGCUUCUUAUGACACUGUCCGUAGCAGACGGACGUACAUGCGGCCGCCAUCAUCAUCCAGGGUGACGAUAGUGCCGCCGCUGUAUUAUUCAGGCAGGAGUCAGACAAGCAGAGGGACAACAAGGACUCCUUUCAUUCAGAGUCGGGAUACCUUUGUAUGAGCUCAGAACUCAGUUUUAGAGUUUAAAGAGGAAAGUAUACCAAAAAAUCUGCCACGUUUGGUAAAAGACCAAAGAGACUUGUUAGUAAAACUGACAUAUUAAAGCAGAUAUUUUAUUAAUCUGUUAGUUUUGCCAAUAAAAUAGGUAGAGAUAUAAUUUUGAUUUCAUAAGAAUCCGUUGUCCAAACCAAGAACAGUUAAUAUAUUUAUUAUUUGGGGCCAAAAGGUAGAGUAACAAGAAAACUUUUUAUUUAAUGUAAAGCAACCUUUACUGAAACCCCUGUUUUUGUAAGAAACCGAACCCUUAAAUUA